UGUUGGUGUUAUCAUGGCGACAAACGACGAUGAGCCGAUGCAUUUGUAUGAAGUGUUUCAAAAUUGUUUCAAUAAGAUAGCGAAUAAACAGCCAGAAAAAAGUCGAGAAAUGCCUUAUGGAAUGCCUUACUCCACUCAAGGGGAAGAUGCACUACAACAUGAUGGCCUGGGCAACUUUCCCGGCGCAGAGCCAAUAGCACCAAACGAUCCAGCCUACUUCCAAUAUGGCAGUGCAGCUCAGCAACGGCUACUACCAGCGGACACCAGCAGAGGUAUCACGAACAAAAGGAAAAGAGACGUCAUAGAGCCAGAAGAUUUGGACGUCCAUUGGCCUUACCAUUCGGAUGGUUUCGAACAAACCUCACCGCGAUAUUCCUCUCCGAAGGCAGCACCGGGCCUUUAUGGGGAGGCCUAUUUCAUUGACGGGAGCCAUGGAGGAGCAGGAGACCCUUGGCCCUCAACCCAAAACCUGCAGCCUUCAUACUCUUACCUGGGGAACCAGACCUCUCACCUGCCCUCCACAUCGUCUGCCUUCUCCUCCAUGCACCUCCCUCCCGAAUCAAUGGCGUAUGGUACUGUGUCUCCAGGCCAGGAACCCGCAGGCCUAAUGUCCUCCACCACCCUGCCCCCCAUGUCGAGCUUCCGCGGGGCCGGUGCCUCCCCGCUCUACUCCUCGCAACAGAACAAUGGCAGCAGUGGCAGUGGUAGCACGGCUGCCGUCACUGCAGGCAGCACAAACACUGGCACCGUGGUGCCUGUGUCAGUACCGACUCCUGCGGCAGCUGCCGGCGCCAGCGGCACCUCUGCCGGCAGCACCAAUCAGGGCUCUUCCCCGGUGCCUACGGCACCCGACGCCCUUUCGUCUCGGACGGCAGGUGCCGCGGCCUCGGCGAACUCCUCCACACACCCUCCGUCAGCCUCUUCGCAGGCGAGCGACACCCUGGUCAAAGCGAUCGCCUCGCAGAUGUAUUCAGCCGAACACCAAGCAAGCAGUUUUUCAUCAACGUCUUCCACACCUGUCAGUUCACCUCCCCCACUCUGUGCGGUAACUCAGUGGUCGAGGAAUAAUGCGCAGCAAAGCCAACCUCCGUCUAGUUUCCAGGAAGCUACAAUGCACCAGCUGCAAACGCGAGGGGUUAUAGAGGAGCAUCUGGACGAUGCACUGAGCGUCUUGCGGAAUCACGCCGAGGGUGCCUCUGUCGGUCCCAACCUGGGGCCCACACUGGGGCUCACGCCUGGUGCCCACUCCAAUGGACUGCUGGCCUCCUUAACGGCGGGACACCCCUUCUCGCCUGGCAUGCCCACCCUUGACGCACACGGAGCAAGCCCGCCCGCCCUCUCCGACAGUUCCAUGAGAAGCAGGACGUCUCUAACGACUCCCGGCAGCCAGAACCCAGCUCAUUACAUGGAGAGCAGCCCGGGCAUCAAGGUGGAGAAAUGCAAGGAGACAGACAAACUGGAGCACACCAAGAUCAGCCCCCCGAACUCCCCGGGUCCCCUGGGCGCCAGCCUGACCACCCCGACUGCCACGUCUUCCUCUGGGGGAGGAAAGUCCAGCAAGAGGUCUCGGAGCCGCUGGCAACCAGUGCCUGGAAACAAUAGCAACAGUGGGCAUGGCGAUGCGUUUACCGGCUCUGGAGACGAGGACGAGCCCCCAGAAGUUAAGGCAGAGCGAGAAAAGGAGAGGAGACAGGCGAACAAUGCGCGGGAAAGGAUACGUGUAAGGGACAUAAACGAGGCGUUCAAGGAGCUGGGCCGAAUGUGCAUGAUGCACCUGAAGACAGACAAGGCCCAGACAAAGCUGAACAUCCUACACCAGGCAGUGGAGGUCAUCACCAGCCUGGAGCAGCAAGUCAGGGAGCGCAACCUGAACCCCAAGACGGCGUGCCUCAAGCGGCGUGAGGAGGAAAAGAGCGACGAGGGGGCCAAGCUGGGCGCCCACGGCCUGGCCCACCCGGGUCAAGCGCUCGAUGCACUGGCACACCAGAGGCUGGGCUCGCUGCCUGUAAGUACCCUAUGGAACGACUAUUCGCAACCCAUGGAUGGGGAGACGAGCAACUCAGAAUUGUGAAGUUCUCAGCGUUACACAGGGUUCUGCCAGACCCGUUCGCCAACACAAGUUCUUCGUUAUUGAAGGAGGGAUAUCUUCCAGCUUCCACUAGGAUGAACGAGCAAGGAAAAAAGAGAGUAAGACAGGGCACACAUUACUCCGCAGCAGCCGAAGAGGAAAGCGGCCACCGUUCUUCCCUCUCCGACCAGCACCACCGUUCUCUCGUCGACACCCGUUGCAUCCUCCUCAGCGUUUUUAAGUCGAUUAUGUUCUUCUUGUUCACUCUUACACGAUGCGGUCCUUGUGCCCUCAUAGUUCAUCACGCCCGUGCCCCCACAAAAAAAAAAAAAAAAACGCACAGAGAAGCAGGUUCGGCCUAAUUGCCACUGGGACUCUUUUUGAGCCGCUUUGUGCUUUUUGGUUUUUUCUCUUUGGACAAGGGGAGACGGGACUUUGCUGUUGCAACCUGUAUACAUACCAUAACGCAUCUCUCAUCACAGAUCAAUGCAUUUCAAUGUUUGGCGGAGGAGGAAGAAGCAACAACGGCGGCGAGAUUUUAGAACUACGAUUAUGGCUUUUUGUUUCUUUCGUCUUCUCUUUCUUCAUCUCUCCAUGUACAUGUUGUUGUAGAAUGGCGGACAGUGCUCUAUUUAAAGCGAAAUGGCAACGGAGCGUCGGAUGGCUCCUGUCAACGUGGCUCAACAGAAGCGCACCUUUGUAAUUGUUUCCUCCUUUGUGAAAAGCUCGUUGAGGCACCUUUCUUGUUACGUUGCUUGAGGCUUUCUGACUUGUCCAUACUUGUAUUACCCUUUUACGUGACACAUUACAAUGAUCAGAUGAAAUAAUGAGAACUAAUGAAUAUUGAUGCCAAGAAUAGUAUGUGGGGAUAUAAUUUUGGAGUAAUUACAAUAGAAAUAUGUCGAAAGUAAAGCGAAUGAACAUAUAAUUUGCCGUAGACAUGGACCGUACCUGCAAUCUUUUUGUUUUGCAUAAUAAAAAGGAACAAGCCCGUAAAAUAUUCUUUCUUUUCUACCCUUUUCUUUUUAAACUCUACUUGUUAACACGCCCACAGUUCUGCAAUACACAUGAGCAAACAUCUUAAACAAUCUAGGGGUUUAAGUAUAUUGCUAAGCACAUAUUGCCAAUCUUGUGAGACCGUAAACGUGUGUGCCUGAUGAGGAUGACAAACAGCUGUCACCGCUCGUGCUCAGCGCUCAACCGGUCAGCGCAGUGACCGCUGUAUUUAAACAUUUGUAGAUCGACCCAUUAUGUCUAAAUUUGUAACCUGAAGCUGAGGGGCGACUUGGUGAGGGGCAAAACACGUUGUGGCAUGGUAAUGUCAUCAUGUCUACCCGUAAUCUAUACCUUGUUUUCUCAUGUAUGACCCGUGCCCUCGGCAAAGGUUCAAAGAGAAUUUUCUCUGAAUGAUACCUGCAGGUUGCAGCGAAGAUAGCUCUUCUGGAUGACUUUCAAGCACUGCCGUGAAGGUGCCUUUGCACAAAGGAAGAGCCUUUAUUUAUAUUUUUUUUUUCUUUUUUCACUACAUCAUAAAUUUUCGAAAUGUGCUCACCCCCCCCUCCAGUCGAACCCCUUUAUAAGAGAGACUAUACAACAAAAUACAGGAUGUUAAGAAAACGCACACGAGGUACCCUGCUUAUAAAUACAUCUCACAUAAAAGACAGGAAUGGCUGCACAGAGCAUGCGUCUUAUAUAGUGGUUCAACUGUAUUGUGUGAUUGCGGAGGGUUACCCUACACCCAAUAUUUUGCUCUUGCAGCACAACUCUAGUAUAUUCGACUGUGGAUUGACAAAGAGUCAAAAGAUGUCGCCGCCGCCAUCCGCAGUGCCAGUGUCCAGAAUUCAGCAAAGGGUAAUUCAUUUAUGGACAAGCCAUAGCAUUAUUUGUGUAUUUUUAAAAAUUUUUCCUCUUUCCAUUUGCCUGCUACGAACUUUUCAUGUUUUCAGAGUGACACGGCCAUCUCGUUUUAGUGUCUCAUUUUUACGUCUCCUGUUGUAAUUUAUUCUUGCGGGAAUCAAUUGCUUCGUUUAUUUUGCUUCUCUUUUGCUCACUGCAUUUUUUUUUUUUCAUUUUCUCGCUCUUCUUUGCAUUUUCUGAGGAGGAAAAUUUGAAAUGUGGCAUGACUGUCGUCCUUUUUUGAGUGCUUUUUUUUUGUGAGCCUAUGCGUCUCUUCAUGGACGUGUGCAUGUGUGUGCGAACGAGGUUAUAUACAUAAAGAAAUAUAAAUAUAUAUAUAUUAUAUAUUAUACACGCAGACACUUGAAAAAAAAAUGUAUAGAAUCAUUUGUUUCUUCUUCAUUGUCAUUUCUAUAUUACUGUAUAAACUUUUGACGGGAGGCUUUUUUGGGUGUUGGCUUAGUGUUUGGCGAUCAUGAAGAUGCUUGAGAAAACGGGCAACGAUAGAAAGAUGGCGAUUUCUGUUUUGGCACUUUGCUGAAGGCAGUGUUUGAUGUCUUUUGUUUGUUUUUUGUUUUUCACUUGACAACUCGUUGCCCUCCCUCGCACACACCCCUUGCCUUUCCUCCCCACUCUGUUGCAUUUAUUGUCGACGCAAUUUAGGACUGGAUGCUGCACUGCUGAGCUUUUUUUUUUUUUUUCCUACAUUGCUUUCUACUGUCUCGUUCAUGGGCAGUCAUAAUUGUCUCAAAGCUUGGCUUCUGUCUCGUAUGUUGGGACGGUUUUGGCUUGGCUUUUCAGCGACUUCCACCCUAAUCUACGCAAGACAGUUGACACUAGCUUAUAGUUGAGACUGCGUCAUUUGACGGACUGGGAUUGUGCCGGCCUUGUUCUUAUCUAGGCUGGGAUAAGCUGCCAUCUGCCUGAGUGCAGUAGAACAAGGUUUCAAGGAAAAUCAUAUGGAUUGUUAGCUACAAUCGUUACCCACUCACAGAUAUAGCUUGUAACUAACGCUGUGCAAUCGUUGAAACCCGUGCAACAAGAAUACUUGAAGGAGAUAGCUCCAAAGCACCAGCACAGAAGGGUUAAUCGCAAACAACUAAAGAUAUGCGCUGUAGUCUCGCUUUCAAGUUCAAACCACUGAACCAGGUAGGCUUGUCAGCAGGCACUGCAGCCUUGUUUAGUUGUCAAGCAUAUCAGUCAGACACCCACCAGCAGACUAGAACGCACCCGACUCGCUUUGUUGAAACAUGUGUGACAUGAAAUUGUCACUGACAGCUGCUGCACUGCCGGUGUAGCUUCUGGCUGCACAGCUGCAAGUAAGGUCUGAAAGAAAAAGUGGCCACAGAAUGAGGCUGGAUCCAUACCAUCGAGGUGAAGCUGGUGUUGCUUUCACGACAUUCUGAAACAAUUGCGGCUUCCCAUGCACGUGCGACAGGCAUCUGUCAAGGCACUCACGUUGGUGUAAACAUUUGUUGCACCUAUUCUUCUGUUGUACUUUCUGGCUGUCGAGGACUGUGUCCAAAUCGUCUUCAGCUGUAAAUGUGCAAAAAUACUUCUUUGAAGAGUGUCUUUUUCUUUCCCCCUCCCAUUUCGAUGGUGAUUAUUACCAUUGAACUGUAGUGUUUUUGUGUUCCUACCAGUUUGGUGGUAGCCCAUACGUUGUACAAGUAGCUAUUUCCGAAUGUUGCAUUUAUGUAUUGUGCAUAGCGCUUUUUUUUUUCAGCAUUUAUAGAUAUAUAUGUUAUAUAUAUAUAUAUAUCUCGUGAUGAAGGUAAAAAUUUCUCAUUGACGGUUCUUUUAAUAUUCUUCCUUCUACCAUGCUGAGGGUUACACCAAUAACAUAGGAGAGCUUUUUUUUUUUUCCGCACCCACUGUGGAGUUGCCAAAAAGAAGUUGGACAUUACACAGGGUUUUAUAAGGUGGAAAAUUAAGAGCGAUUUGCAAAAUGCCUAUUGGCUGAACCUAUGCCUGGCGAAACUGCUCCAAAGUCAAGCUUGCUUAUCGACUUGACUCAUCAAUGCAACCUGCCAGUGAAAGGCUUAUUUUUUUUCCAGUAGAUGCUGUUAUUCAUACUUUGCCUGCAAUUUUGUAAAAACUAUGCAAGUAUUAAUUUAGUCACUAAAAAAACACUUAUUCUUUCAUGUACCGUGUAGUCACAUCGAAUUCAUGUCUGGCGGAUAAAGGCAACAAAAGCUUUCGAGAGUUUGUACUGAGGAGCUGUUAUUUCGGCUAGUCUGACAUUGGAGAGUUCUUUUGAAACAUUCUUUCUUUCAAUUAUACAAGUAGUUAAGCUGCACCUGUAGUAAGUUACUUGCACAAUGCAUUAAGCAUAUCCUUAAAAGUGAGAGCCCUGAACAGGGACAAUUGGAAAUAGCUUUUGACAGGGAUACUAUGACUUUUUGCGAUGUUCAAUCCGCACUGCAUUAGCGAGUGACUGAAGCUUGUCUCAACCUUAAGGUUAUGUUAUCAGAACACAUGCGCAUGUUGAGCGAGGAACUGCCGAAAAUUUGGCACUGUAACCUAAUGAGAGACACCCUUACAUAAUUACUACGGUACACUUCAGACAGUACAAUCUCCUAUUCCUUUCUUGCAUUCGUUCUCUCUUGGUUUUCGCUAAGCUUGUAUAAAAGAAGAAAAAACAAGCCCUCGAAAUUGUCUUCCUUUGUUUACCCUUGUGUAGUGACAUUUGUUACUCUGUAACUUGUUUGAAUAGUCGUAGGAUUGGUUCAGUUCUGAGGCUUCAAUUUUAAGGUUCUGACUCGGACAGUCUGCACGCAAUGGUAUGAAUUGGAGCACAUCCUGUAACUGGCGAGUGGCUACUUUCAGUAGCUAUGCAGCACGGCCUAUCUGGCAGUUAUGUUGUUGAAUGCAUGACUUUCUAGAAUGUUCGAAGUUGUGUGUGCUGGCUCUCUGGCUUCUAGUUCCUGUAGCUGCGCACAUUUUUUCACCUUGCUCGAUAGCAUUUUCAGACUUUCUUCACGACAGGAAUUCGCAGUCAAUGUAGGCAUUACUUGGGGCUUCCGCAUUGAUGAUCGUGUUAUAAAGGUGCGAUAAAUGCAGCUGGUAACUUACAGUGGAGGACUUUAUUGGAGAGCUGUGCUUGCUUGUUCAUCUUAUAGCAAACAGCUUGGCUAAGUAUUAAGUGAAAUUUUGCACUAUUUACUAGAUAUUAAAGCGACGUACUGCCGUAAUGGCUCGGUUGUGGUGUUUAGCAGCCAAGCCAUGCAUAUCUCACGGCGCUUUAGUGGGUUGUAUAACAUAAAAAAAUUUUCUGUGCCUUUUUAUGCAUAGUAAUGAAAUAGUUGUGUGUUUCUUUGCGCACACUAAUAAGAAAAUUUGGGCUAGACAAGAGUAUCCGUAAACAUCCACGAAGGCAUGCUUCGCUUUUUUUUUUUUUUUUUUUGUGAUGGUAUGAUGGUAUGGUUUACGGUAGCAUCUGAACAGUCGGAAGUGUCAACUGCUGAAAAUAAGUUCCAUCUCUAUUAUUCUGCUGACUUUGGUGCAAAAUCAAUGAGUUAACAUUCGCUGCAAGAGGUGCUCGUGAGCUAUGCUUCAAUGUUUUCAUUCUGACCAAGACCUUAAGAUCAACCAGUACGCUGCUAUCAUCUUGUAUGCCUCUUUGCAUCCAUGUUGGCCAGUCGAUACAAUUAAACGAGAGCAUUAUUUCGUUCCGCCUAUUUAAAGGAAAGUAAUCAACUCUCUCUGGACCAUCUGUAAUACUCACUUCAUGAGCGGGGGAACUAUUCUGUCCCUUCGCGAAAUGAUUGGCAUUUGUGUAUAACAGUAGUUGUUCAAGUGGUUCGCCUUUCCAACAUUACCAUCAUAGGCCCCUCCAAUCCGCUAGGCAAGCUUUGUCUGCCAUGUGUCGUACGAGUGGUGAGGGACGGAUCGCUGGGACAAUGCAAGAGUUUUACAGUUGAUCGUACUAGACUCGUCUUUAUCGUGGUUGCUUCCUGCGUGCGUUUCAAGCUUUUCUCACUACCACCUUAACCAAUAUCUUAGUUAUAGCACAUGCAAGCCUCGAAAUAUCGUUUCUCUAUUCACUAGGGCUAUGACAGAAGCUAGGUUAUCGGAAGCGUUUGAGGUUGCCAUUGUCUUUUGUGGCCAAAGCACUUGCGGAAUCAUGUUGAAUAAGGCCUUUUUAUUGAAAAAAAAAUGCCACCACAGCCACGUUCUACUACACAAAUGCCAAUGACAGUGCUGCAUCCACCCUUUUGGCGCAUGCCGUCUCGCUGCUAUAACUUGACAGUGCCGAAUUUCACCAAAAACAGGGUUGUAAACAUUCUUUGACACAUUUCAACAACUACAGUUCCACGGGGUGGGGCAGUGUUUCCCUCGCACAUGGUUGCUGCUUCACAGCUUCAGGAUGUAUUCAGUACCAAGUUGACAGCAUGUGUUGUUUUGCUUUUCUUUUUUUUUCCCUGCGUGGUACACCACUCUCGGUAAUUUUACAAUGCCAAAGAGAACGACGGAAUGCAUGUUCCGACUGCUUGUUUUCCAAACAGUCGAAUGUACUUGUGUCACUUAUGUAUGGCUUUUGGCGGAACAACCUAAAUGCAUCGCCGAGUUUGAUUCUGAGUACUUAACUGUUCAACCUGCUUGUUGUGUUGUUUUGGGGGCCUGCAGAGCUUCCUUGUUGUCCUUUAAGAGGGUGCAGCUGGUGGAGGCAUUUAUAUCGUCACGUUUUGCGGCAAUAUUCAGAACAUCUUGCCGUGGCACUUUUCAAAUUGUGGCAACAUGGACAAAAGAAGACCUAGCCUGUGCCUUGUUAAAGCUGCAAGAGUGGAUGAAAACCAAAUGCAGAACCACUGCACUUCCUCAAUGAUGGAGUUAUGUUCAAUCGUGUCACUGCUAAUGUACUUCCAGUUAUUUAAUUAAGGCAGCCCUACCCCAUCUUCCCCACUUCACCCUUAAAUUGUCUUCUUUUCUCGGCAACUUGCUGUAUGUGCACAUUCAUGUCAACACAUGAUGGUGUAUCAUUUUUUUGUUAUUGCAAUUAUUGGGCACGUGCAGCAUCUCAGCCACAGUGCAUUCGAGAAAGAAAUUAGAAAUGAUGUUCUGGUUACUGGAUGCAUUUGCUUUUUAAAUAGAGCUCGGCGUUCUGUUCUGUACUUUGCGAUCGUGUAAUUUAUCGAAGCUACAUCGAAUCAUGCGCGUACACCACCAAGUAUCUUGUGCUGUUGUCUACUACAAACACAUUGUUUUGUUUUGUUGCUCUGUGGUGUUCUUCAUACUUGAAAAAGUUAUCGCUCUUUUUUUAUCAUCUUUUGUUAUCAGUUUUAUUGUACACAGUAUUCCUGCUUUUUUUGCCUGCUUUUUUAUUAUAUUUUUUAAGUGCAGUUUUGUCCCUGCAUUGGCUUUGAGUUAGCGUGGCCAUCGAUGUAUACCGAAGUUGUCCCAUGUGCGCAUUUAUGUUGGAUGUGUACCCACUGUUUGUUUUGACUCCUGAGUUUUUUUCAGGCUGACCAUUUGCACAUACACUUUGAGUUGUCCUCUGCUGACACUUUGUCCAGUCAUCCAGAGUAAAGAAAAAAAGUGCCAUUUUUCGUAAAAAAA